AUGGCUGCGGCGCCCGAGACACCGCAGCCCGUGGCCGCUCCAGCUGGAGAUGCGACGGCCGCUGCUACCACGACUACAAAAACGACAAAACUACAUGGAAGGGCAUUCUAUGAAAGCAUAGGCAGUCCCAAGUUUAUCGUUGCCCCCAUGGUGAAUCAGUCCGAAUUUGCCUGGCGCAUGCUUUCCCGAUCCUUCCUCUCGGCCGAAGAAAAAUCCAAAAUGCUCGCCUACACGCCCAUGUUUCACGCCCGCCUCUUCUCGCAGGACCCCAAGUACCUCAAGGCGCACUUCCAGGCCACCCGCGGCAGCGGCAGCGACAGCGGGCCCUGGCUCGACGGCAACCCGACGCACGACCGGCCGCUCUUUGUGCAGUUUUGCGCCAACGACCCGGCGCACCUCCUGGCGGCCGCGCAACAGGUCGCGCCGUACUGCGACGCCGUGGACCUGAACCUGGGGUGCCCGCAGGGCAUCGCGCGCAAGGGCCACUACGGCGCGUUCUUGCAGGAGGACCAGGACCUCAUCUUCCGGCUCGUCCACCGGCUGCACACGGAGCUGUCGAUCCCCGUGACGGCCAAGAUCCGGAUCCUGGACACGCGGGAGCGGACGCUGGCGUACGCGCGCAACGUGCUGGCGGCGGGGGCGUCGAUCCUGACGGUGCACGGGCGGCGGCGCGAGCAAAAGGGCCACCUGACGGGCGUCGCGGACUGGGCGACGCUGCGCUUCCUACGCGACAGCCUGCCGCCGGAGACGGUGCUGUUCGCUAACGGCAACGUGCUGCAGCACGGCGACGUCGAGGCGUGUCUGGCGGCGACUGGCUUCGACGGCGUCAUGAGCGCCGAGGGCAACCUGAGCGACCCGGGCGUGUUCGCGCGGCCGCCGCCGGCGGGCGAGGAGGGCCGCGAGUACUGGCGCGGUAAGGGUGGUGAGGGCGGCUGGCGCGUCGACGCGGUCAUGCGCAGAUACCUGGACAUCAUACACCGGUACGCGCUGGACGCGGAGCCGCCGGCGCGGCGCCCGCUGUUCGUUCCCGGCGACGACACGGCCUGGCUCGCGGCGGACGACGACGCGGAGGCGGGUGAGCGUGAGGCGAAGCGCCGCAAGACAGAGGGCAACGGCAACGGCAACGGCGCAUCACCGCAGGCGAAGAAGAGCGAGGCGUCGUCGCCCAACGUCGCGGCGAUGCAGCCGCACCUGUUCCACCUGCUGCGGCACCUGGUGAGCCGGCACACGGACGUGCGGGACAUGCUGGCCGGCGCGCGGCGCGCGGGCGCGGCGGGCUUCGAGCGGGUGCUCGACGCGGUGGAGCGGCGCGUGGCCGAGGGCUUGCUCGAGUACGAGCGCACGGCCGGCCGGAGCUUCGAGGAGGAGCUGGCGGAGCUGGCGGCCCGGCCACGCGCGACGACGACGACGACGACGACGACGGAAGAGACCGGUGAUGGUGGUGGUGGUGGUGGUGGGGAGAGCUCGAUGGAGGCGCUGCUGCGGUGUCGCAGGCCGUGGUGGGUGGCGCAGCCGAUCGUGAGGCCGCUGCCGAGCGAGGCGCUGGCAAAGGGGUCGAUUCAGCUGAGUAAGAAGGAGCGGAAGGAGCAGGAGAAGAAGAAGAAGAAGAAGACGGGGGAGGGCGAGGAGGUGAAGGAGACGGCGAAAGAGGCGGCGAAGGUGGAGGCGAAAGAAUUGAAGGAGGCGAAGGAGGAGGUCAAAGAGGCCGUUGCAACGUGA